AUGGCCACCUCCACCAUGUCCAUCUGCUCCAGUGACCUGAGCUACGACAGCCGGGUCUGCCUGCCCGGUUCCUGUGAUUCUUGUACUGACUCCUCCUGGCAGGUGGACGACUGCCCAGAGAGCUGCUGUGAGCCUACCUGCUGUGGCCCCAGCUGCUGUACCCCCAGCUGCUGUGUGCCCAGCUGCUGUGUGCCCAGUUGCUGCCAGCCCAGCUGCUGUGCCCCAGCCUCCUGCCUGACCUUUGUCUGCACCCCAGUGAGCUGUGUGUCCAGCCCCUGCUGCCAAUCUGCCUGCAGCAGCUGCUGCACACCCUCAUGCUGCACCUCCUCACCUUGUUGUGUGACCCUUUGCUGCAAGCCUGUCUGCUGCACACCCAUCUGCUCUGGAUCCUCCUCAUGCUGCCAGCAGUCUAGCUGCCAGCCAGCUUGCUGUACCUGCUCCCCCUGUCAGCCAUCCUGCUGUGUGCCUGUCUGCUGCAAGCCUGUCUGCUGCAAGCCUGUCUGCUGCACACCCAUCUGCUCUGGAUCCUCCUCAUGCUGCCAGCAGUCUAGCUGCCAGCCCUCAUGCUGUCAAUCCUCCUGCUGUGUGCCUGUCUGCUGCAAGCCUGUCUGCUGCAAGCCCUGCUCCAGUGUGUCCCUGCUCUGCCGCCCUGUGUGCAGACCUGCCUGCUGUGUGCCCACCUCCUCCUGCUGUGCCUCCUCCUGCCAGCCCAGCUGCUGCAAGCCCUGCUCCAGUGUGUCCCUGCUCUGUAGCCCUGCCUGCUCCCGCCAGGCCUGCUGUGGCCUCUCCUCGGGCCAGAAGUCCAGCUGCUAA